AUGAGUGGAUUAUCCAGUCGGGUUAAGAGCAUGAAGUUCAUGCAGCAAGUUCGUCCUGCUGGCCUGGAGGACAUUGAGGAGUCUCCUCAAAAAAAAGUUUCGCUUCUGUCGGAAUGGACUCUACCCCACGCUGCGGAAGUCUUAAAACGUAGCAGGCAAAAACCACAGGUCGACACAAUUGGGUACGGUUCUAUCAGUGCCUUUGAUACUUCCGAUGAGACAGCAGUCCCACAGGGUAGAAAGGUUUGGGGGAAGCCAGAGGAAAGCAUACGUCAAAUCGACAUUGGACGAAUAAAAGAUUCGAUCAUAGAUGAAAAAGCCGGAAAAGCUGGGAAAGCUGGACAAGAUGCCGAAGAGAACGCUGAAGACGAUGAUUCUGGCGAUGAUUCUGGGGAUAAUUCCAAGAAUGGAGCUCACAGCAAAUCAAAGAAGCAGAAAGGUAAACGAAAAGCUUCCUCUGGUCGCAAGUCAAAUAAGAAACAAAAGAAGUAA